AUGGCCACUCCUCAAGCCCAGCAGGUCAAGCAGAACUUCCUGAACCACCCCUACGUUGUUCAGGCCCAGAAGGUCGUCAACGGCCAGGUCAAGCAGCUCGACGCUGAGCUCUCCAAGUACCCCGUCCUCAACGACAUCGAGGCCAAGACCAAGGUCCCCAAGGCCUACGGUGUUCUCGGUCUUGCCGCUUCCGCCGUCUUCCUCGUCUUCUUCAACCUUUUCGGCCUCGCGUCGCCCAUCUCGCUCCUUAUCGGCUACGCCCUCCCCGCCUACCUCUCGCUCCAGGCCAUUGAGACCCCGUCCACCAACGAUGACAAGCAGUGGCUGACCUACUGGGUCGUUUUCGGUCUCUUCAGCCUUCUCGAGUCGAUGUUCCUUCGCCCGAUCCUUUACUGGAUCCCCAUGUACUUCGUCUUCAAGACCCUCUUCACCAUCUGGCUCUUCCUCCCUGCCACCCGCGGCGCUGAGAUCCUCUACUUCAACGUUCUCCGCCCCGUCCUCGGCAACGUUAAGGCCCGCACCACGGUUACCUCCACCCCCGUUGGUACCACCACCUCUUCCAUCCACGAGAAGACCCUUUAA